UGAUCCGUUGAGUGCAUACAUAAUUAGUUUGUAGCCGAGGAAGGCCGAGGCCAGCCGCCAGCCGGAGCCGCGCCAAACACAGGCCUUCCCUGCAGCCGACAUCAUAAUUCAUCCAUUGAUGUACUGCUGUAAUAGUGCAGGUGCUACUCUUCCGAUGGUUAAGCUACCGUAGUCCUGCUCGAUUGCUGAACACUGAACAUUCCUCCAACCCAGCUUCAUAACAGCACCUUCAUUGUGCUUGAUUGAUCUCUUCAACUUCGAACUUUUCUCAGAUCGGACCAAUUGAAGCUUCCUUCAUAGCUCUGUCUGCUGCCCCGCUCCCCCACACUCGUCAUGGCGUUGAACGGUCGUACAGCUUCGCGUACGCUGCGAACCUUACGGAUUUCACAAUUGCGUCCCUUUGCUGCUGUACAAACAUGCAGCUACUCAUCCUCCUCCGAAGAAACCCUCAAGGACGCACUCAAGCGAGUGAUUCCGGAGAAGCGUGAGCUCCUAAAGAAGGUCAAGGCACACUCCGACAAAAAGAUUGGCGAAGUUAAGGUCGAAAACACCUUGGGUGGCAUGAGGGGUCUAAAGGGAAUGGUUUGGGAGGGAUCUGUCCUCGACGCGAAUGAGGGUAUCCGGUUCCAUGGCCGUACUAUCAAGGACUGUCAGCAAGAAUUGCCCAAGGGCACUUCGGGUACUGAGAUGCUGCCUGAGUCCAUGUUUUGGCUCCUCCUCACUGGAGAAGUGCCUUCCACUUCUCAGGUCCGAGCCUUCUCGAGGGAGCUUGCAGAGAAGGCACAGAUCCCAGCAUUUGUUUCCAAGAUGCUCGAUGACUUCCCGACGGAUCUUCACCCCAUGACACAAUUCGCUUGUGCUGUCUCGGCCCUGAACUAUGAGUCUAAGUUCGCCAAGGCAUACGAGAAGGGUAUGAACAAAGCCGACUAUUGGGAGCCGACAUUCGAUGACAGCAUCAACCUUCUGGCCAAACUGCCCACAAUCGCCGCCAAGAUCUAUCAGAACGCAUACCGUGGCGGUGGUGCCCUGCCCAACGAGGUCGAUCUCGACCAAGAUUGGUCUUAUAACUUUGCGGCCAUGCUUGGCAAACCUGGCAAGGAGAACGAAGGUUUCCAGGACCUCCUCCGCCUGUACCUUGCUCUUCAUGGGGAUCAUGAGGGUGGCAAUGUCUCCGCACAUGCCACUCACUUGGUUGGUAGCGCUCUGAGUGACCCAUAUCUGAGCUACAGUGCUGGCCUUCAAGGUCUCGCUGGUCCUCUACACGGCCUAGCUGCACAGGAGGUCUUGCGUUUCAUCCUACAAAUGCAAGAGACUGUAGGAAAGAACUUCACUCAUGAAAAUGUCAAGGACUACCUGUGGAGUCUUCUCAAGUCUGGCCGUGUCAUUCCAGGCUAUGGCCACGCUGUACUCAGAAAACCCGAUCCUCGUUUCCAGGCUCUUAUUGACUUUGCUGAUGCUCGUCCUGAGAUCGCAAAGGACCCUGUAUACCAGCUCGUCCGUGCUAACUCAGAAGUUGCUCCCGGCGUGCUCAAGGAACACGGCAAAACGAAGAAUCCCUUCCCCAACGUUGAUUCCUCCUCCGGUGUUCUGUUUUACCACUACGGCUUCACAGAAACCCUGUACUAUACUGCUACUUUCGGUGUGAGUCGUGGACUGGGACCACUAGCACAACUCGUCUGGGAUCGUGCGCUUGGCCUCCCUAUUGAGCGUCCUAAGAGUAUCAACCUCGCGGGCCUUUUGAAAGAAGUUGAGGGGAAAUGAUAAGAUAUAGAUAUUUAAAAUGAUGUGAUCUGGCGUAAGUACAUGGAUUCUAAAUCUGAAUAUUAUUGGGCUUCUACAUGUUACCGUCUCAUUACUUGAAAUAAUUUUCAUUGCUUUGCUCAAGUUUCAAGUCUAGUCGUAUCCUCGGCAUGACUGUACUAUUACCGGGCAUCGCAUACGUGAUGUUCCAGAAGUCGAAAUCACUGUCAGGUGUUAGCAAGCUCUCCGUUUCAUAGUAUUGAGACACACUUAAUAGGUUUUCCCGCCCCUCCAUUCUCACCAUUGAACGAUACAGCAUACUCAGUCGCUACGCUCCCCGUUACCAUAAUCGCCACCCCGUCCACAUCGUCCCAACUUUGCACAUUUUGUUCUCUGCCCGCCCCUAC